CAAAAGCCGCACAAGUUGCUGCUUACACAUUUGAAAUUCCGUUACAAAUGGUGUCGGUUAGUGCUUCCAAUACAUUUAGUGGCGCCAACAGCAUAUUCACUGGCGGGAGCAUAGGAAGUGAAACAGUUUGCUUUGGUGUUCAAAAGGCAUGCAAUGAAUUACUCACUAGGAUGAAACCCGUUCGAGAUAAAAUGGGAAGUCCUACUUGGCUUCAACUAGUGCAGAGAUGUUACGAAGAGCAUGUCAACCUGUUUUCACAACAAAUCCACCAUGCUGGAGAUUUGGAACCAUACGAUACAUGGGGCAUGUCCUGCACCGAAAUCGAGGUAGAUAUUCUCACUGGUAAAUGGCAAAUAACACGGGUAGAUAUAUUAGAAGAUACUGGUGAAAGUUUAAGUCCACUCAUUGAUGUGGGACAGAUUGAGGGUGGCUUCGUUCAAGGGUUGGGCUACUGGCUGAUGGAAAAGCUUGUAUACGAUCGUCAAACAGGUGAACUGACGACGUUUAAUUCAUGGGAAUACCAUGUUCCUGGCGCUAAAGACAUCCCUAUCGACUUUCGUGUCAAGCUUUUUCAAAAGAGGCCGAAUAGAGGAGGAUUUUUAGGUUCAAAAACAACUGGUGAACUGGGUAUUUGUCUGUCAAUUUCUGCACUAUUUGCCUUAAGGCAUGCAUUAAACUCAGCGAGAAAAGAUGUUGGCAUCGACGAAUGGUAUCAUCUCGGAGCCCCUACUACAAUUGAAGAUAUUGUGUUGGCUGCUGGACAUACAAAGAGAGAUUUCAAAUUAAAUAUUUAAUUCGAGCUAUCACUCCCGUAUUAGGCUUGAAAUUAAAUACGAAUUAAAUACGAGUUUCAAUGUAAUGGGAAAGUGUUAUUCAUGCCAGAAAAUGUUAUGGUACUGUAGCCAGGCUCGCGU